AUGAGACUGCGCGAUCUGUACAAAGUCGAGACGCUCGACACGCGCUUUGCGGGCUCUGGCCAAGCACUGCCCACUGCACAGGCCUCUAAAUGGGCAAAUCCCGCGUGCGAUGUGGUGUGCCAGACUAAACCAGUCGCCAGGAACACGGCCGAGUACUACAUCUACUAUGUCGCCUUUCUGACCAUUCCCGUGUGGAUGUUCAAGAGCGUAUAUGAUGUAUCACAACCAAGUCAUCCGGGCUACGCGAAACUGGAACCACUCCUCGAGCCAGGCUGGAUUCCCGGACGGAAAGUGGACAAUUCCGAUGCCCAGUAUGCUGGCUUCCGCGAGAACAUUCCAUAUAUGGCCCUCGUUUUGAUCCUCCAUCCGCUGCUGAGAAGAGCUUAUGAGGCUCUCAGAGCGAGUGGGAGAGCCGUCGCUAAUGCUGGGAAUGCUGCGAUCAAAGCUGACCUACACUUGCACCAUCGUGUCACCUUUGACUUCUUCUUUGCUGCCAUCUUCAUCAUCGCAUUACAUGGCGUGUCGGCGAUCAAGGUCUUUACCAUUCUCUCUCUUAAUUACCAGAUCGCCACUGCGCUGCCGAGACAGUAUGUGGCUGCAACAACAUGGGUCUUCAAUGUCGGCAUACUGUUCGCCAACGAGCUCUGCCAAGGCUACAAGUUUGCCGACAUCGCCGCUGUGACGCUGCCUCCAACCAUUACAGGUGCGGACCAAUCGUCCAAGGAAACCUGGGGAACGCAACUCGACAGCUAUGGAGGGUUGAUCCCACGCUGGGAGAUCCUCUUUAACAUUACCGUCCUUCGACUGAUCGCGUUCAACUUCGACCACCUAUGGAUGCUAGAUCGAAGAGCAAGCAGUCCUGUUGAGAAGAAGGGCCUCGAUCCCGCCAAUCUGUCCGAACGAGAUCGCACAUCCUUGGGGGCCAAGCCUUCUGACUUCACAUUCCGCAACUAUCUGGCCUACAUCCUCUACUCACCUCUCUACCUCGCCGGCCCAAUCAUCAACUUCAACGACUACAUUUCCCAAUCACGCUACCCCAUGGCUACAACCUCUCGAUCGCGAAUCAUCCCCUAUGCGAUCCGUUUCAUGCUCUGCUUAUUAUGCAUGGAACUCGUUCUUCACUACCUCUACGCAGUCGCCAUAUCCAAGAGCGAUCCCGAUUGGAAUAUAUACUCUCCGUUCCAGCUCAGCAUGUUAGGCUACUUCAACCUCCACGUGAUCUGGCUCAAACUGCUCCUACCUUGGAGAUUCUUCCGGCUGUGGUCUCUCAUCGACGGAAUCGAUCCUCCAGAAAACAUGGUGCGUUGCAUGUCCGACAACUAUUCUGCACUAGCAUUCUGGAGAGGUUGGCAUCGCAGUUUUAAUCGCUUCGUCGUGCGAUACAUCUACAUACCUCUCGGAGGAUCCGGAAAGGGAAAAGUUCGGGGCAUCGCGAACUUUCUCGCCGUGUUCACUUUCGUCGCUCUAUGGCACGAUAUUAAUUUGCGCCUUCUCAUGUGGGGUUGGUUAAUUACAUUGUUCGUUCUGCCAGAGGUCUUGGCGACUCUUGCUUUCCCAGCUCGGAAAUUCAAGGAUCGGCCCAAUACGUACCGUUGGCUCUGUGGAGUGGGCGCGGUGGGGAACAUCUUGAUGAUGAUGGCGGCAAAUCUGGUUGGGUUUGCAGUGGGACUGGAUGGGUUGAAAGGGCUCGUUGAUGGGAUUAUAGGUAGCUGGGGUGGGAGAGUCUUUUUGAUUGGCGCCAUGGCUACACUGUUUGUGGGCGCUCAGGUCAUGUUUGAAAUACGAGAGGCGGAAAAGAGGAGAGGGGUGAAUAUGAAGUGCUAG